UUGUUAAGGCAGUGCUGCAUGCACUGAUCUCCCGGCUUUUGUUCAGGAGCUGAAGAUACACAUCCUCAGUCAAGCACAAUCUCAAAAUGAAACGAGUUUGGGUGAUAGGUCUCCUUUUCGCACUACUAGCCUUCGCUGCUGUAAAGGCAGAGGAUGAACUUGACGUCGAUGGGACAGUAGAGGAGGACCUCGGUAAAAGCAGAGAUGGCUCCAGAACAGAUGAUGAGGUGGUGCAGAGAGAGGAGGAGGCUGUCCAGCUAGACGGACUGAAUGCAGCUCAGAUCAAGGAACUUAGGGAAAAGUCAGAAAAACAUGCCUUUCAGGCUGAAGUCAACCGUAUGAUGAAGCUGAUCAUCAACUCCCUCUACAAGAACAAAGAGAUCUUCCUUAGGGAGCUGAUUUCCAACGCCUCAGAUGCUCUGGAUAAAAUCCGCCUGUUGUCUCUGACCAACGAGGAAGCAUUGGCCUCAAAUGAAGAACUGACCAUCAAAAUAAAAUCUGAUAAGGAGAAGAACAUGCUCCACAUCACUGACACUGGUGUUGGAAUGACCAAAGAGGAGCUGGUGAAGAACUUGGGCACCAUUGCUAAGUCCGGCACCAGUGAGUUCCUCAACAAGAUGACAGAGAUGCAGUCUGAGGGACAGUCAACCUCAGAGCUGAUUGGCCAGUUCGGUGUGGGUUUCUACUCUGCCUUCCUCGUUGCCGACAAAGUCAUCGUGACAUCCAAACACAAUAAUGACACUCAGCACAUCUGGGAGUCUGACUCUAAUCAGUUCUCUGUCAUUGAGGACCCACGUGGGACCACACUGGGCAGAGGAACCACCAUUACACUGGUCCUGAAAGAGGAGGCCUCAGACUAUCUGGAGCUGGAGACCAUCAAGAACCUUGUCAGGAAAUACUCUCAGUUCAUUAACUUCCCGAUCUACGUUUGGGCCAGCAAGACUGAGACAGUGGAGGAGCCCAUUGAGGAAGAUGCUGAGGCAGCAGAGGAAACAGAGAAAGAGGCGACUGAAGACGAGGCUGAGGUUGAGGAAGAAGAGGAUGAGGACAAAGACAAGCCAAAGACAAAGAAGGUUGAGAAGACUGUGUGGGACUGGGAACUGAUGAAUGAUAUCAAGCCCAUCUGGCAGCGACCAGCUAAGGAGGUUGAAGAGGAUGAGUACAAGGCUUUCUACAAGACCUUCUCUAAGGACAGCGACGACCCUCUGGCCCACAUCCACUUCAUGGCUGAAGGCGAGGUUACCUUCAAGUCCAUCCUGUUUGUGCCCACUUCAGCUCCCCGCGGCCUGUUUGAUGAGUAUGGCUCCAAGAAGAAUGACUACAUCAAGCUGUUUGUGAGGAGAGUUUUCAUCACCGACGACUUCAACGACAUGAUGCCCAAGUACCUGAACUUCAUCAAGGGAGUGGUUGACUCUGAUGACCUCCCCCUGAAUGUGUCCAGAGAGACUCUGCAGCAGCACAAGCUGCUCAAGGUUAUCCGCAAGAAGCUGGUGCGUAAGACGUUGGACAUGAUCAAGAAGAUCGCAGAGGAACAGUACAACGAUAAGUUCUGGAAGGAGUUUGGAACCAACAUCAAGCUGGGUGUCAUUGAGGAUCACUCCAACAGGACCCGUCUGGCCAAGCUGCUGCGCUUCCAGACCUCCAACAGCGAGACAGCCCUGGCCAGCCUGGAGGAGUAUGUGGAGCGCAUGAAGGAGAAGCAGGACAAGAUCUACUUCAUGGCUGGUACCAGCAGGAAGGAGGCUGAGUCUUCUCCCUUCGUGGAGAAGCUGCUGAAGAAGGGCUAUGAGGUGAUCUACCUGACUGAGCCCGUGGAUGAGUACUGCAUCCAGGCACUGCCCGAGUUCGAUGGAAAACGCUUCCAGAACGUGGCGAAGGAGGGUGUCAAGUUUGAUGAGAGUGACAAGGCCAAGGAGAAGAGGGAGGCGCUGGAGAAGGAGUAUGAACCACUCACCACUUGGCUGAAGGACAAGGCCCUGAAGGACAUGAUUGAGAAGGCCGUCCUCUCUCAGAGGCUAACCGACUCACCCUGCGCUUUGGUUGCCAGUCAGUACGGCUGGUCAGGAAACAUGGAGAGGAUCAUGAAGGCACAGGCUUACCAGACAGGCAAAGACAUUUCCACAAAUUAUUAUGCCAGCCAGAAGAAAACAUUAGAAAUCAACCCCAAACAUCCUCUCAUCAAGAAGAUGCUUAAAAAAGUCAAUGAUGACGCCGAGGACCAGACUGCAUCAGAUCUGGCCGUGGUUCUGUUUGAGACGGCCACGCUGCGCUCGGGCUACCAGCUGAGUGACACAAAGGCUUACGGAGACAGGAUAGAGCGCAUGCUCCGACUCAGCAUGAACGUAGACGUGGACGAACAGGUUGAAGAAGAGCCAGAGGAGGAGCCAGAAGAGGCCGCAGAGGACGAUUCUGAAGACAAAGAGGACGACUCUGAGGAUAAAGAGGAAAUCGUAGAUGAGGAAGACGAUGAUGAAACAACAAAAACAGACAAAGAUGAACUGUGAAGCACUGAAUGGAAGAGCAUGUAACAAUGGAGCUGGACAUGAAUUUGAAUCUUGUUCCGGCACCACCAUGGUCGAUGUUAUCGUGGGUGGGGUCCCUGGGUUGGGGUUUUUUAAGGCGAACAUUGUUUGUUUGUUUUUUUUUUUUUUUUAUCACAUUCCUCAUGUCUGUAAAUUUGUUAAUAUUUAACUGACCUGUUUAUGGAAAGAUGCGAUCCUGCCUCUUGAUCGAAUAAAUGUUUCCUGGAAAAAGGA